AUGCUCAAAUCUUUACAAGAUCUCCGUUCUGCCACAGAGAAGUAUCCGGCGAUUUCUCCUCCUCAUCCAUGCCCCUGCGAACACUGCGCAACCCUAACUCCUCCUCAAGAACCACCUGAGACGCCUCUGCAACGGUUGUUCAACAUAAUGACAAGAAGCGAAGAGGAAGAUGCUUACUCUCCGUUUAAAGACUUCAUCUCGAACCUAGACAGAACAAAGCUUCUAGGGUUGGCGUCUCUGCUGACGUCAGAUCCCGACUACUUCUUGGAGAUCGCAAGAAACAAGAACGGCUCCAACCGCCUUCAGAAACUCCUCGGAAAAUCAGAUGACGUGGACAACUUACUCUGCGCCGCUAUCUUGUACCGUUUCCUCCACGUCAUGACUAACAAGAACGCGUCCUUCGUGGCGACACGGGGGUUAAGAGUGUUCGCCGGGAAGAAGAAAGAGUUCAUGUGCGAGGAACUCAUCCACAACGCGCUUCACCUCGCGCGUGACCAACACGGCUGCGUUGCACUCAACGAGAUGUUAACCGACUUGGACCAUCCUUACUACAGAAACCAGCUCUUGGACGUGGUCGCGUACAACGCUCUCUGGCUGAGCAACGACGCUUCAGGGAACUUUGUGGUGCAACACGUGCUUAAACUGAAAGACCCGAGAGCCACGCGUAACGUUGCGCUUAGUCUACGUGGCAACUGUAUUGAUCUGUCGUUUAAGAAGUAUGGGAGUUACAUAGUGGAGCGGCUUUUGGAGGCGGAUGAGUCUGUGGCUGUGGUGGUGAUGGAGCUUUUGGAGAGCGAUGAAGAUAGGUUGAUGAGGCUUGCGAGGAGUGAGUUUGGGAAUUUCGUGGUGAGCAAGGCACUGAGAGUCACGCAGAAGAGGAUGACUAGGGUUGAUCUGUUUCGAGGUUUGGUGCAUAAGCUCAUGCCUUCUCUCAAUUUCUUGCGCAAAUCUCGUGGAAGCAACAUUGCAGUGUUCUUGGAGUCGGUUUAUCAAUACUGA